GUUUUGGUAAAAUUGAGUGGUUUUUUUGUGCUGAGAUUUUAGUUUAGAAGGAGUAAAGGUUUGACUAGGGGAUAUGAUAAUUAAACGGAACUUGAAAUCAGCAAUGCCGAGUCUGAAACGGUGUCGAGUCGGUGACUCGGUUGGUGAGGACGACGAAAAUUCGGGGAAUCCGAAGAAAAGGAAGGUAAAGAACGGCUAUUAUCCUCUGCAUCUCCUCGGAGAGGUCGCCGCCGGUAUAAUUCCUUUCAAUGGUUAUGGACUCAGUCGCUUAUUAGCCGCUGGUGGUGACGGUCGCUUGGCGGCGGCGAGGUGGUGUACAGAGGAUGAGGUAGAAUCUACAUCGAAUGCGGAUGAGGGGAUGAAAGAGAGCUGCGAUCGGGUGCAGGAGACUUCACGGCCGCCUCUGGUGAGGACGUCGCGGGGGCGUGUUCAGGUACUCCCUUCUCGAUUCAAUGACUCAAUUCUUGAUAACUGGAAGAAAGAGAAGAGUAAACCUAAUGCAAAAGGAUCCAAUUUGGACCCUGAAUUCACACCUUAUGAAGAAAAAUUCAGCUUCAAAAACCCCAAAAUACGCAGACAAAUUGGAAAUACAAAGCUUAAUCACGACAAAUUUGGCUAUCAAUGCCGGAAAUUUCACCCAUUGUUAGAGCAAGAUAGAGAGGAGUUCGAGUGUCAGGGAUUGAAAAGUUUUGACGUUAGAAAGUAUUCUACAUCACGGAGUUCAUUAACAUCACUGCAUGAGCAUUUGGCUGACAAUGAGAGGUUUCCAAAUGAGGAAGUAGAGGAAGCUAUUGAUUUGAGCCGCAUUAAUGGAUUGUUGGAGGAGGAGAAGGAAGGGAGAAAAAAUGGGGUAUAUGGGCCGGAGGAUUUUGUUUCAGGUGAUAUUGUUUGGGCUAUACCAGGGAAGCACUGCCCAGCUUGGCCGGCCAUUGUCCUUGAUCCGGAAACGCAAGCGCCCCAGCAAGUUCUGAGUUUUAGGGUGGUUGGUGCUGUUUGCGUGAUGUUUUUUGGUUACUCUGGGAAUGGAACACAGAGGGGGCAGAUUAACUUGAAUGAUAGCAAGCCCAGCGAUCUUCGAUCUGCCAUAGAGGAGGCAUUCCUUGCAGAAAAGGGCUUUAAUGAAAUGUUGAUGGUCGAAAUCAAUGCCGCAGCUGGGAAUCUAGAUUAUCUUGCAUCUCUUCCUAGAGGGGUACUAGAGGCUACUGAUUCGAAUCAGGAUCAGGAAUGCAACUCCCAGAACCAGGCAAGUUGCAUUACAGUGCAGGCUUCCGGUCUGUAUCAUCAGUAUUUGGGCAACAGGCUUAUAUCAGUAACUUCAGGCAUUUUCCCGGGAUAUUUUAUAUGA